AUGGACAACUCGACACACAAAGACCAACACCCUGACAAAAAAUAUUCCAGCCAUGCCAACAAAUUACGGAAAGGUUUUACUGCUGCAUAUCCAACACAAUCCUCCAUCCCUUUUAAAAGCCAGACUGCAACAAUUCCGGAAUCAGAGAAAAAGGGAUUCAAUAGUCAAGCGAAGAGAUUUUAUUAUGAAAAGGAUAGCAUCCCAGGUCCGGGGUUCUACAACGUCAUUCACCAAUCUCCAGUGUUCAACAGUGCCUCGUUGUCUAAGAAAGGAACGUGCACUUUUCCCUCUAUGCGCGCCCGACUGGACACCAUCGUUUCUAAAUACCCUGCGGCUAACGCAUACACUAUCCCAUCACGUUUCGUCUCGAAGAAGGACUUCAGUAAUUCCUGUUCGAGCAUGUUCCAGUUGCCGAGCUUUGCAAAAGUCCUCAAAUUUGAACCCCCUGCACCAAACCAGUACAAUGCCUCUGUCUCUUACUGCAAGCAGAGAAACAACGUCUGUGCCCGAGCGGGGUUUAUGUCCAAAACCCAGAGAGGAUUUUUCACUAUCGCUGAAACAGGACCUGCCCCAGGGCAUUAUAAUAUCAACGAAUCCCUUGUGAAGCAGUCGCCAAAGGUAUUAAUGUCUUGUUUUAAAUCAAAAACUGGACGUGGAUUCAAACUGACAUCAACAGGCCCGGGACCUGGGUAUUACAACCCCAAUGAUCACACCAAGAUUCUGAAAAAGACUCUUAUCCCGAAAAACCCCAUCCUGAACUUCUCGGCGCAGCCUUUGCCCCUGCCCCCGAAGCCGCCCCUCCCAGGUCCUGGGCAGUACGAGAUCGUGGACUACGCGGGGCCCCCCAGGCACUUCAUCUCCUCUGCGUCCUUUGUGUCCAGCACCAGCCGGUGGACAGCGGCCCCGUCCCAGCCAGGCCUGCCAGGCCCAGCCACGUAUAGGCCAGAAUUCCCUGGAAAGCAGUCCUUUCUCUACAACGAGGACAACAAAUGGAUCCCAGUGCUGUAG